GACUUGACACUGCGUGCGCACGGAGUUCAGAAAGUUUGCAUCGUGGAAUCAGGAAGUCCAGCUGAACGCCGUCGUGGAGUCGGACCGGAAGAAGCCUCCCGGGACCCCGUGCUGGACUCCCGCUGCGCCAUGUGAGAGACAGCCGCCGGCCUCCUCACAUACUGGUUCGCGAGUAACUCCAGUCGGAAUGUCGUACUGGUCUGUCGACCUUCCCCGGGACUCUGGAGACGCUCCCGGCAGCAUGGAGCAGCAACGCAGCCUUGGGGAGGAAAUGGGAGCCAAGGCAUCGCUGGAGGAGGGUCCAGGACUCUGCUCGUCACUGGUUCCUUCUCCCACUCUGGAGAACAUCCAAGCAGCAUAUGAGGAGGGAGAGGGAGAGGCUGCCAGGGAGCUGAUCAAACAAGCCUGCUGUGUGGAGUGCAGUGAAGGGAUACCUGGCAUCAACGGGGUGCGCCUCCUGUGUUUGGCCACUCAGCACGGUGACCUGCAGAGUGUGUGUUACCUCCUGAAAGAAGCCUGUAUCCCUGUCCCCCAGGAGCCCUCCCACAGCCACCCAGCCAUUCUGGCAGCGUACUACGGCCACGCCAGCCUGGUCAAAGAGCUGCUGGAUUCUAUACCUGGUCCAUGUCGGAGGAGAGACUUGCUGAAUUGGAUGCUUGCUAGUUCUUGCCAGCAGGGUCACCUGGACGUGGUCCGGCAGCUGGUCCUCAGCUACAAUGCUGAUGCCAAAGACUGUGCCGUCCACAGCGACCAGUUCGCUGUCAUCACUGGGCUGCCGCUGUACGCUGCGGCAGAGGCAGGUAAUGAGGACAUAGCUCACUUCCUGCUGCAGAAUGGAGCAGGAUUCUCCUCAUACACCCUGAUGGACCAUCCGGCCUUCAGCAAACACCUCCUCAGACUCAAACUACAGGAGACCUCCAACGCAGGAGAGGAGGCUGUCUCUGUGUGCUGGAGAGGUCUGCAACUGCCCUGGUUGGACCUAGACUGGUUCAUGGACGUCUCCUCACGGAUCACUCACCUGGAUCUAUCAUCCAACAGCCUGGCGGCUCUGCCCUCUGUGUUGCCUUGGGGUCUCAUCCACCUGCAGACUCUAGAUAUAUCUGACAAUCAGCUGCGAGAGCUUCCAGCUGCUCAAAACUCCCAGGAGGUCAUCUGCUCAAGUUUACAGGAGAUAAAUUUCUCUCAGAACCGGCUCACCUGUCUGCCACCCGGACUCCUCCAUCUGACAAACAUCCAGAGACUUUCUGCUGCAAAGAACCAGCUCACAGUCCUGUUUGACAUCCCCUCCACUACUAACUGGAUAGGUCUCCGUAAGCUGGAGGAGCUGGAUGUGUCUGAUAACUGUCUGACCGGUCUGCCCACCUCAGUCAUGCACUGUUUGAAAUCCCUGCGCUUCCUCAACGUGUGCAGGAACACACUGAGCAGCUUCCCUGAGCCUUGGGCUUGUCCUCUGAAGCAGUGCAAAGCUUCCUCCAAUGUGAUCGAGAGACUUCCAAAUAAUAUCUCCAUCUUCUGGAGGGCUCAGCUACAGGAGGUGGACUUUUCUGACAACUGCCUGAAGGAGCUGCCUCUUUAUAUCUUUGAACUGGAGGCUCUAGUCUUGUUGAGAUUGUGUGGGAAUCACAUUGCGACACUCCCAGCCCCCAGUAAGUGGAAGUGCUCUCAGCUCAGGACCCUCGAUCUUUCCAGGAACCAGCUGGGAAAAACAGAGGACGGGACUAAAUCCAGGAGGCUGGCCUUCUUGAAUACAUGGAGCAGAAGGGACCCGGACCCUGAACCAGUGUGUUCCAUAGAGUUUCCCAUCAUUCUACGGGAUUCACUGGAAGUGCUUUACUUGAAUGACAAUCAGCUGGAGUGUGUACCCAAAUCCGUGUGUGGUCUGCACAGCCUCGGUGAGCUCUACCUCUCCAAUAAUCCUGGAAUCCGGGAGCUUCCACCGGAGCUCAGUCAACUCGCCAACCUGUGGCAACUAGACAUUGAAGACCUCAACAUCACUAAUGUCCCCCAGGUAGUACGAAAAGAAGGUCCUACGUCUGUUUUGGCUUUCCUCCGGGCACAGCUUCGAAAGGCAGAGCCUUUUAAGCUGCUAAAGAUGCUUCUGAUUGGUCCACCGAGACAGGGGAAGACGUCGCUUCUGGGUGCUCUUCAGACCGGCAGGGUGGCGCCCUUCAUCCCAGCAGAAUGCAGCAUCUCCACCUCCACCUGGGAGCUGGACAAACCCAAUGGAGGCAAAAACAGCAAGGACUCCGUGGCGUUCAACGUGUGGGACAUCGGUGGUCAGGCCAGCAUGUCCACGGUGAACCAGUGCUUCUUCACCGAUAAGGCCCUGUACGUGGUGAUCUGGAACCUGGCUCUGGGAGAGGAGGCUGUCGCCAACCUGCAGACGUGGCUGCUUAACAUUGAGGCACGCGCACCCAACUCUGCUGUGGUGGUGGUGGGAACACAUCUGGACCUCAUUGACGCCAAGUUUCGCACUGAAAGGCUGGCGACGCUGAGAGCGUAUGUUCUGGCUCUGUGCCGAUCGCCGUCAGGGGCUCGAGCCACCGGCUACCCCGACAUCACAUGGAAACACCUUCAUGAAGUGUCCUGUAAGACCAUGGAGGGCUUCGAUGGGCUGAAGAAGCUGAUGUACACGGUUGUUCUUUCUAUGAAAGACGGCAGCAGCUCAGCCUGUGGCGGGAAGCUGCUGGGCAGACUGAUCCCCAAGAGCUAUCUGACACUUCAGGAAAGAGUGAUAGCGGAGAAGCAGAGGCGAGACGCUGAGGGGGAGGUUCAGUACUUAACUGAUGUGCAGCUGGACCACAUCAUCGAACAGAGCCCAGGAAGUGACAUCAGCGACUACGAGGACCUGCAGAUUGCCAUCAGCUUCUUGAUCGAGACGGGGACCCUGCUGCACUUCCCAGACACCAGCCAUGGCCUUUGUACCCUCUACUUCCUGUGUCCUGUGUGGCUGUCCGAGUGUCUGGAGAGGAUCAUGCACCUCAAAUCCUCUCGCUCUGUCGCCAGGAAUGGAGUGAUCCGUGCAGAAGACCUGAGGAUGCUUCUGGUAGGAACAGGGUUCACACCACAGACAGAGGAACAGUAUUUCCAGUUUCUGGCCAAGUUUGAGAUCGCUCUCCCUGUGGCCAGUAAUAGCUAUCUGCUGCCCCACCUCCUUCCCCCCAAGCCAGCCAUGGACAUCCAUGGCUUCCGUCAGCAGGCCGACAACACCCUGCAGCGCGUCGUCCAGAUGAGUUUUGUUCCCGCUGGAUUUUGGGAGCGCUUAAUUGCCAGGAUGCUCAUCGGUCUCACCGAGAUGGACCUGCAGUCAUUUGAACCCAAAAGAAACCAACGCCAACGCAGCAGGAACUCCGUGAUCUACAGCUUUGUUGGAACCCAGCAGAGGAAUCGCUGCAGCACCUUCAGAGUCCGACGCAGCCAGACCAUUUACUGGAAGGAGGGGCUGCUGGUCACUUUUGAUGGAGGUUACCUCAGCGUGGAGUCGUCAGAUAUCAACUGGAGGAGGAAGAAAAGUGGAGGCAUAAAGAUUAUCUGCCAGUCAGAGAUGAGAGACUUCUCUGCCAUGGCCUUCAUCACAGACAACGUGAACUCCCUGAUUGAGCAGUGGUUCCCUGCUCUGACUGCCAGCGAGAGCGACGGCAGCCUCCUCAUGGAGCAGUACGCCCCGUGUCCACUCUGCGCCUCACCGGGCCGGCCGACGCGUUCGGAGGUCGUAGGCAGCCCCUUCGGCCAGGUGGGAGACAAAGGGGCAGGUGGAGACGGGGUUCAUUACUUUAACAUGGAGGACUGUGUGCUGGCUGCUGUGGAGAAGGAGCACAUCGUGUGUCCUCAGCACCCUGACCAGCCCGUCACCCUGCAGGAGCUGGUUCCAGAGCUGUUUAUGACCGACUUCCCUGCACGGCUGUUUUUAGACAGGGCCCAGCUGGAGUACUCUGAGGAGGAGAAUAACAUCCUCGGUCAGGGUGGCAGUGGCACAAUCAUCUAUAGAGCCCGGUAUCGUAACCAGCCAGUGGCCAUUAAGCGCUUCCACCUCAAGAAGAGUCGACAGCAGUCCAUCAGCCGCGACACAGACACCAUGGUGAAACACCUGCAGUCUGCAGAUGCCUGUCGAAGCUUCUCUGAGUUUCGCCAGGAGGCCAGCAUGUUGCACUCUCUGCAGCAUCCCUGCAUCGUCCCCCUGGUAGGCAUCAGCAUCCAUCCACUGUGCUUCGCCCUGCAGUUGGCCCCCCUGGGCAGCCUGAACACAGUGCUGGAGGAGAAGCGCAAAGGAGCCGGGUACAUGCCCCUUGGUCACAUGCUAACUUAUAAAGUAGCCUAUCAAAUCGCAACAGGACUGGCGUACCUUCACAGGAGCAUCAUCUUUUGUGACCUCAAAUCUGACAACAUCCUGGUGUGGUCUCUGGAGGUGCAGGAUCCAGUUAACAUUAAACUGUCCGACUACGGCAUUUCUCGGCAAACCUUCCGUGAGGGGGCGUUAGGGGUGGAGGGCACACCAGGUUACCAGGCCCCCGAGAUCCGACCAGGCAUCGUGUAUGAUGAGAAGGUGGACAUGUUCUCCUACGGUAUGGUGCUGUAUGAGCUGCUGUCCGGGCGGAGGCCAGUACUGGGCCAGCACCAGCUUCAGAUAGCCAAGAAGCUCUCCAAAGGCAUCCGGCCAGUGCUGGGCAGUCCUGAGGAGGUCCAGUUCUGCUGCCUCCACAGCCUACUGACGGAAUGCUGGGACACCAAGCCUGAGAAGAGGCCGGUGGCCAUGCGGUGUGUGAGACAGAUGCAGCAGCCCAGUUUCCCCUGCCUCAAGUAUGUGAUGUCCUGUGACAGCCACGCGCAGCUCUUCCUGUCCCAGCUGCAGGGACAAGGCGCUGUGUUCUGGGACGGAGACGAGGACAACAGGAACUACAGUGUGGUGAAUGUGGAGAAGGGCCAGGUGGAGGUGAAGAGGAUGUCCUGCGCUGGCAGCAGGAUCAGCUGUCAGAUGAAGAUGGGUAACAUUCUGUGGAUGGCCACUGAGGACCAGGAGGUUUUCAUCUACAGUCUGAAGGACAUGUGUCCUCUCAGUCAACCCCAGAAACAGUUCUCCUGUCCAGCCAUCAUCACCUGCCUGUUCCCUGUCCCAGCGAGAGAACAGAACCUGGCCAGAGUGUUUGCGGGGAUGUCUGACGGCCUGGUGGCGGUGUACAGCUUAGUGGAGGACCUUCCCCUGGACGGGGAGACCUACCUGUGCUCACACACCCUCAACAAGACGGUGUUUGCUCUGAAGGACUCAGAUCCUAGGCAGAGACCCUACCCAGUCAGGAGCAUGGCACUGGUCAACAGUGGCUCUCAGCUGUGGUUCUCCAAUGGUCCCGGCGUGCUGGUCGUUGACUCUCUGAGUCUUCGGGCAGUUCAAAGGCUUGAGCCCUACAAGCCGCCUUCCUCUGUCGUAUCCAUGACAACCAGCUUCGGUCUGUGGGGAGAGGAGGCAGUGUGGACUCUGGAUGACCACAGGAACACGCUGCUGCUCUACCACGCUGCGUCCUACCAGCUCUGUGCCAAGUACUGCUGCGGAGACAGCACUCCUCUUCGAGACGUCUUCGCUGUGCAGCGUCCUGCAGCGGUUACCAUGGCGACAACCGCUGAACCCAUCGCAACAGACCAGGAAGAGAAGCUGGAAGGCCCUACAGGAGAAGUGACAUUGAUCUACAGUGAGGCGGCGGGCACUCAGAUCAUCCAGCACCAGGACUCCCAGACGGACUACUGCUCCAUAUCGUCCAUCUGCUCAGACCGCUCCAGCUCCGCAGGCCUCGCCUCGUUGGCCAGCCGCAGCACUACGCCACUGGCUGCAGACCCAGAGGAGACGGGCAGGGACCAGAACCAGCGGCCAUCCACCAAGACCGAGUCUGAUCGACACACUGCAGAGACCAGAAAGCUGCAAGCCUUCACUCUGCUGCCAGUGAAAGGAACGCUGUGGAUCCCCAGGCGUGGAGGUGAUGUCAUGGUCGUUGAACUGCAAGCGCACGGGGAUCAGCUGAGGGGGCGUGUCACCGCUGUCCUCAGUCCACCUGGAUGUUCGUCUUUCGGGAUCCUGGAGGAGGCCGCACUAGUCGCAAAGGACACAGUUGUAUGUGGUUUUCAUAAGGAAAACAUGGAGUGGUGCCUGUGUGUCUGGAGGGGCUGGGGCUGCCACGAGCUGGAAGUCUUCUACCAGUCUUAUGAGGAGCUUGGCCGCGUGGAGACCCGCAUGAGGAAAAGAAGGUAGCUGUUGUGCUGCAGCGGAGAGGUGCAGAAUCGCAGCUCUGUAUGGAGGCCGAGCCGAGGGGAAUACACGCCGACAGACUAGCAGUGUUCAGAGCGGGGGGGCGGCGAACGCUGACAUCAGGGCAAUGCAGGAGGGGGAGGAGGGCCGAGCCUCCAGCUGUGCACAGCGGUUAUGUCCCCUCACUACAUACCUCAGUACCAAUAAUAAACCAAGACCUGAAAGAUCUGGAGAUGAGGAGCCCGAGGCUGAGUCACAAAUCAAGAGUACCAGAACAAAACUUCUGCACUGGGGAUUGGAUGCUAACUGUUUGGUAUGACUGGAAUUCAGCUCAAGAUGUGGACUCCAGCUGCUGCAAUCCAUUGUUUAUUCUGUCUAUUUCAGUGUCCUUUUAAUAAACUGUUCCAAGAGCAACUUUAUGGAUGGAGACUUUCUUGACAGAGAAGUAUAAACUCUCUUUGAAUGGGUUUGUGUUGGAGAUGAUGGAGCUCUGAACCAGCUGAUGUUGUAGAUGGGUAGAAGGUAGUGACACUGGUUCAGAACACAGUGUUCCUCUCUUUAUCUGUGUCACAGGAACUGCAUGACAGCCAAAGCUCCCAUUUGUAACACAGAACAUCUGUGUUCUAUUUAACAUUAUGCAACAGGCCAGUGGUUUCCAGCUUUUACCAUAGAAACAUACUUUUUUAAAAUUUGUGCAUGAAGCUUUAUUCUGGUUUCUGACACCACAGACCAUUCCUGGCUCGGAAUCGGUACCCCAGAAGAACCGGAGACAAUGUGUUUCUUUUUGGGUUGUAGUUAUCUUUGUCACUGGUCUCACGUUACUCUUACUUGUAAGAGACACAAGCUGCUGCAUUUUGACUAAAGUAGAAGACAAAAUUGGAUCAUUAGUGCGGUAUGUUGGCCACGGUUUCUUUUUAAUUCAAUUUCUUUUUUAUAGCUCAAAAUCACAAAUUACUGUCUCAGAAGGCUUUACAGUCUGUACACAUGCAACAUCCUCUGUCCCCAAACCCUCACAUCGGCACAGGAAAAAAAUGGGGAUAACGCCAGAUGGAUGGACAGACUGCAUUGGAUUUCAUGUGUACAGAAUGAGCAUUGUAAAAGAUGCGCGAUACAUUAUAUGCAAGUGAGAGAAUUUGUUCAAAAAUUGAGAGUAGGAAAAGUAGGAAAUAUGUUAGGCGAGGAAUCCCAAAGACUUGGAAGAAGCUAAAUUAGUGCAUUAUUGAGAUGUGAAUUCUUAUAGAAGGAGAGAGUGAGGAGCUCAGCGUGUCCUAAGCAGGGCUGGUCCAAGCUAACCUGAGCCAGCCCUAUAAUCGCUAUCUUUAGCUGUGUCUCCCCCCGGACUGAAAGUGCAAGCUGGAUCCACAAAAGAGGAGCUUGAUAACUGAAGUCUCUGCCUCCCAUCGUACUUUGUAAGACUCUAGGCACAGCAACUUCCCAACAUUUAUGGAGCUCUAGUAAGGUAGUAUGGUAUAAUUAGCUGCUUAAGAUAUGACAGCAUUGAACCAGCAUGUGCCUUGUAGGUGAGGAGAAGAACCUUGAAUUCUUUAUUCUUGAUUUAACAGGGAGCCAGUGCAAAGACGUUAAUACAGGAGUAACAUGAUCCUUUUUCUUUGUUAUUUUUGCUGCAGCAUUCGGAAUCAACUGGAGAGACUUUAAAGAAUUAGAAGAGCAGCCUGAUAAUGAAGACUUCGAUAAUCCACUUCAUAAGCAACACAUGCAUGAACUAAUUUUUCUGCAUCACUGAUUUUUAUUACGUAGGUGAAAAAAUGCAGUCCUUGAAGUCUGUUUCUCACAUCCUGGUUGAAGAGAACUCCAUGAUUUAUGACAAUGAGAUAAACGCAGUACCGAGGCUGUCGUCAUCGGCAAUGAAUCCUGAAUAAGGACCGUCACUGCAACAAAAAGAACCGGCGGUAUAUUCUUCCAUGUUGGGAGCGAAAUACUGACAACCAGUUUGCAAAUUAGUUAAAUGUAGUUUAGGUUUAAGGGUUAUUAAAAGGCUAGAGUCAGAAAUAGCUGCUGCUCUACCUCCUCGGCCUGUGCCUCCAGGAAUAUGAAAAUUAAGAAUUAACAUAACUUUGAGCAGUGGAUUCUAAACCAACCACAGGCAGCACCUUGCAGGACCUUGAUUACAACACUGUCAGCCACAAGGUACGGCCGGGAAACGUCGGUGUACCAAAAGUGAGCCACAGAAGAGUAUGUGUGUUGUCUUAAAUUGGUACUUUUGCAUUUGUAAUGUGGCCAGUAAAAAAUCUGUAUUGUACAGCCUAUUAAGGCAGAGGUUGUUUGUUUAUCUGAAUGUACAAUAAAGCUAUAUUGUUAUAAGA